AUGGAUCGUGGCGUGUACCGUGUGUUUCUAGCCAUUAGCGUUUGGCAGAUUAUCAGGCCUUGUGUGGUUCUUCGAAGCCCAUGGUUAGCCACUCCUUUUGAAAGUUACGAAGAGGGAUUGGCCACCAUUGGUAACAACACAAGUGCCAGGGAACGUCUCACCUUAAGAGCCUGUGCACAGUGGUGCUUAGACAUGAAUUACUGUACAGUUGAAAACUCUGCUCCAUUGGGGAUGCAAUCCAAUGCAAUCCCAGACUCUGCCAUCUCGGUGUCGGAUGAUCAUAUAAACAACAAACUGAAUAAAAACCACGGCCGUCUUAUGGCUGAAGGAGGGUGGAGUAGCCCUUUCCAAGAAGGCCUCACGUCGCAUCACUACUGGAUAACACUCACUCUUCGUCGAACGGCGGUGAUACGUCAAAUAGCCACUCAGGGCUGUUCGCACUGCGUGUCUCGAUGGGUGAGAAAGUUUAGCCUGCGCUACUCGUCUGACAACCUUUCAUGGCGAAACUACACUCACAAUGGCGAGACCUGGAUAUUUGAAGGGAAUGUAAACAAAAAUGCAGUUGUUUACAAUGACAUUGACCCCCCCAUUGUAACUCGCUACUUAAUGCUCUUUACUGAAAAUAUAACAGAGGUUGAGAUUAAAGGAAUACUUACACCUGUUCUGGGACUGCGCAUGGAGAUCUACGGCUGUUGGGAUUAAUCUACACCCGACGCUCCCAGUACCGAGUUCUGUUUGAUGACCAGAUUGGACUACAGGGACUUGGCUUGUAUCGUACGAUUGCUUACGCCAUAAGCGUCAUAUGCAUGUACAUGGGUACAGAUAUCGUAUAUGCGUCAUACAUGAAAAUGGGAACAAAGGAGAAAA